AUUUAUACACCGACUCAAACUAUUCUCAUUUUUUAAUAUAUAUCUCCCUCUCUCUAUAUAUAUAUUGGAAAAUGAGAUAGAUGUCGCUCUUGUAGUUCUCUCUUUUUGUUCUUGUUGGGUUGGGUUUAUCUCUCACUAGCUUAUAUUCUCUCUGUUUAAGGAAAUUGAAAGGCUUUUUUCUUCCCAUCAAUGGUGGAUCUUCAAACUGUAUGUUGCAUGUGCGGCGACGUCGGUUUCCCUGACAAGCUCUUCCGUUGCAGCAAAUGCCGCCAUCGCUUUCAGCACUCAUACUGCAGCAACUACUACAGUGAAUUAUCGGAGUCAAUUGAGCUGUGUGAUUGGUGCCAGAGCGAGGAGAGGAAUGCUCGACACGGAAACUCUUCGAAGAAAUCCGCAGUCGGACAUGAUAGUGGAGGAAUUACCAACCGAUCGGAGUAUUCAGGUGACAAAAUCAAGCAGCACGACCGCGAAGAGAGCACCACCGAGAAGGGAAAGAGCCCAAGCGGGGUACCUUCUCCAAGAACAGCUACCCGCAGGUACAAGCUUCUCAAGGAUGUGAUGUGUUAGAAUGUCGACGGGGAGUGGGGGAAUCAAAAACUUUUCUUGGGUGUUUAUAUUAGCAAAUACUAGUUAUAUAAGCUGUUUUCUUAGUGUGUUUUCUUUUGAGUUUUUUUUUUUUUUUGUUUAUGCUAUGUUUUUAUCAGUAAGUUGUUAAUAAAAUAAUGCUACCUUUUUCUUCUCA